CUCAAAAAAAGCCCAUGAAAAAGAGCCAAACCCAAACCCGCGAAAACAAGAGCAAAAUCUAACAAAAUAAAAUAAAAUCGAAUCGUCAUCAUCGUCGUCGUCCAUUGACAAAUCAAACUGUAUAUAUUUCAAAUCAAAUCAAUCAGAACACAAAAACCCUAAUUUCAAAUAAUCUUUAACACCAUGAAAUGAAUCGUUCUUCUUCUUCACCAUUUCUCUUCAUUCAUGGCUAAGCAACAGCAACAGCAACAGCAACAGCCUUCACCACCUUCACCAUGGACCACGUUAGAGGAGUUACUGCUAGCGUGCGCCGUGAACCGCCAUGGAAGCGAUUCUUGGGACUCUAUAGCUAUGGAACUAUCGAACAGGACAUCUACUUUCUCCUCCCUCACUUCUCAAAACUGUAUUGACAAGUUCAACGACCUCAAACGACGUUACGGCUUUACUAGUCUUCGAAACGACACCGCUUCGUUAGUUGAUGAGCUCCGGAAACUUCGCGUCGAUGAGCUUCGGCGUGAAGUGCAUCGACGUGAUGCGUCUAUCGUGUCGCUUGAAAUGAAAGUGAAGAGGUUAGAAGAGGAUAGGGAGAGGAGCUUGAAGGAGAUGGAAAAAUCAUCAGAUCUGGCUAAGCCUUCGCCGGAGAUUGUUGCCGGUAAGUCCGACGGCGGAGAGUCUGGCGAUGGUGAUGAACGAUCGUUUAAUGAAUCCAAUUCGACGAGUCAACAGCCACAGAAAGCCGAGGCGGAAACGGAGAAAGAACAGAACGCGAACACAGAGCUAAAACCCGAACCGGAUGUGAUUAGGGAGGAUCCGGAUCCGUCUCGGUUAGGAUCCGACCCGGAACCCGAGCGGGAAUGGUCACAUAACGGCAAGUUAGAAGAUGACGACGAUAAAAAACCGAAAAAGGAAAUGAAAAUUGAGAGAUUGAGUCGGGAGAGUGGCCUCGGUCCUGACUCGAACGAGUUAGGUGAGUCUGUAGGUGAGUCCAAGCGGGAAGACAAAGAAAAGGAUAAUAUUAAACAGAUCAUUAAUAAUAAUAAUAAUAGUGACGUACAAAGUUCAGUGAGUUUGACGAUGAGGAAGAAGAAACGACGUCGUAGUAGUGAAGAAGGGAGUAGCAGUGGAGAGGAGGAGAGAGAGGGAGGUGAUGGUGAGGUUUCUCCCGCCAGGAAAAAUGUGCCUGCCGUCAAAUCUGAACCAUGGCUUAAACUUCUUGGGAUUAUUCGGUCUCAUCGGCUUGGCUCAGUCUUUGAAAAGCGGCUCCGAAGCCAGGAAUCUGAAAGGUACAGAAAGAUGGUUCGGCAGCACAUGGAUCUUCAAAUGAUUCAAUCUAGGCUGAAUAAAGGGGUUUACUCCAAUUGCUUCCAAAAGUUCUUCAAGGAUCUCCUGAUUUUAUUAAACAAUGCAAUUGUUUUCUUUAGAAAAAACUCACCGGAAAAUCUUGCCGCGAAUGAACUUCGAGCUGUUGUUUUGAAGGAAGUGAAGGAGAAGCUUCGGAAACCAAAACCUCAACCUGUGGAUGCCAAGCCUGCAACUGAACAACAUUCUGCUGCGCUUUCAAGACCGAACAAAUCUUCUUCAUCUACCUUGGUAGCCUGUUGCAAACACAGUUCCAUGAAAGCAAUAUCUGGAGGUGCUGGUAAAAAAGGUGAUAAAGAGAUGGAAGGAAAACAUAAGGUAAAUGAGAAGAAGGUUGAAGUUUCAAUUGAUAGGAUUGAGGAGAAGGGUUUAAAGAAGAAAACAACAAAAGAGAGGUCGGUCUCGGGUCGUAGAAACUCAAAGACAAGCAACAAGAAUGGAGAGAUAAAGCAUCAAUAUGGUGGUAAUGAAUUAAGUUCACAUGAUGCGUUGGAGAUUAAGGUGGAUAGGAAAGAACACACAGGGAGGAAGAAGCAAGGAGCAGCGAGCUUCUUGAAAAGGAUGAAGCAAAAUUCUCCAAGUCGAGUGACGGAGGAGGACUCCUCCUCCUCGGAGGAGGAUGAAAGUAAAGAUGGUAGAAAGGAUGAUAAAAAGAGGAGAGGAAGGGAGGCAGAUGGGAUAGCUAAGAGGGUAACAAGGAGUUCGAGAGGAAGAGGACCGGGAGAAGAUAGUAGAAACAUAAAAAGAGGAAGGCCGCCGAAGAAGCAAAUGGAGUCAGGCAGUGGGACGGGGAAGAGGGGGAGAGAUAAUGAGGAUUCCGAGGUAGGGGUUGGGGGUGGCGGAAGAGUAAAAAAGAGGUCAAAGAGGUGGUGAUCCUAGUGGUGGUUGUAUAAUGUAAAUUAUUUUAGGGAGAUUUUUGGAUUUUUGUCUGGUCAGUGUAGAGUGACUGGACAGGAGGAAAUCAGAUUUGUCUUUUGAUCUCUUAGAAUGGUUUGUAGUUGCUGGCCAGUGAAUAUACACAGCAUGUUUUGGGAAAACAUGAAUCAUAGGGUUUUUUUUAUA